AAAAAAAACGUAGUAAAAAAAUGAAUCUUCUACUGGUUGGUUUACUGGCAAUUUUGCCUAUCAGUCUCAAAGCUGAUACCUGCAUAGUCCAGCACUACCUAGACAUACCAGAAGCCAUCCAAAAAUGUACCAUUUUGAUUCUGGACAAUCUCGAUAUCCCCGGAGGAGAACCUUUGAGACUACCACUCAGAGACGGGCAAAGGUUGUACUUUAGAGGCACCACCACUUUCGGGUACGCCGUAUGGGACGGUCCUUUGGUGGUUAUCAAUGGUACCAAUGUUGCUAUCGAAGGAGAAACAGGCGCUGUCUUGGACGGCCAAGGGCCACUUUAUUGGGACGGUUUGGGCGAAUGGGGCUCCCUCAAACCGAAAUUCUUUACCAUACAACUUCACAAUUCGAGCAUGAAAGGUAUUAACAUUUUGAAUUCACCGGUACAUUGUGUCCUUUUGGCCGAUUCUUCCGAUGUUGUAUUGUCCGAGUGGAAUAUUGAUAAUGGAGCUGGAGAUCCGAGUGUGGCAGGUAAUGAUCGAGCUGGUCACAACACGGACGGUUUCGACGUAUGGAACGGCACCAACAUAAAAAUCAAAAACAGCAUCGUCACUAACCAAGACGACUGCGUCGCCAUCCGAUGCGGCAAUGGAAUCGUAAUCGACGACCUGACCUGCUACGGGGGACACGGUCUGAGCAUCUCGGUGGGCUUCAGUAACGAAUCUAUCGCUCAGAACACGCUCAGAAAUGUUGCCGUAAUGAAUUCCGUACUCAUGGGGGGUCAGAAUGGGAUUCACAUCAAAACACAUGUAGAUGGUGGUUUGGGGGUGAUUGAAAAUGUUACUUAUAGUAAUAUUGUGUUGCAUGGUUUAGGAAGUUAUGGUAUCAACAUUCAGCAGAACUAUAGGAACUUGCCAGGGAAUUCUUCAUCGUUUCCCAGUGAAGCUACCAAUAACAUCCCUAUUAAAAAUUUGCAGCUAAUCGACAUUAGUGGUACUUUAGAAGACAAAGCAGUACCCUAUUAUAUUUUUUGCGCUGAAGCUGGUUGCUUCGAUUGGACUUUCAGUAAAGUACUACUCAAAGGUGGUCACAAUAGUACCUGUAAUUUUGAGCCUGAUAAUUUUGUUUGUUAAAUAAAGUUACUCACGUCA